GGUCAGUCACUUGACAGAGAAAUCAAACUUUUGAAAUUCAGAUAACGACCUAAUACAGAAUGCACUUCACUCUCGUAUUUCUGGUGGCUGCUGCUGUAGUUUACGGUAAGUUUUGGUGGCUGCUGCUGUAGUUUACGGUAAGUUUGGAUGGCUGCUGCUGUAGUUUACGGUAAGUUUUGAUGGCUGCUGCUGUAGUUUACGGUAAGUUUUGAUGGCUGUUGCUGUAGUUUACGGUAAGUUUUGGUGGCUGCUGAUGUAGUUUACGGUAAGUUUCGUUGGCUACUGCUGUAGUUUACGGAAAAUUUUCGUGGCUGCUGCUGUAGUUUACGGUAAGUUUUGAUAGCUACUGCUGUAGUUUAUGGUAAGUUUUGAUAGCUACUGCUGUAGUUUACGCUAAGUUUUGAUAGCUGCUGCUGUAUUUUAUGGUGUAAGUUUUGAGAGCUACUUCUGUAGUUUACGGUACGUUUUGGUAGCUUCUGCUGUACUUUAAGGUACGUUUUGGUAGCUUCUUCUGUAGCUAGGUCUUAGGAGCUUUUUUGCGUGUGUGGUUUUUUUUUGGUCAUGUGUUUCAUGACAAGAGAUCCUAACUCGAGUUAAAAAUUAUGCACAUGGCACGCAAUGCCAUUUCCACAUUCAUAAAAGUAUUUACGUCCACAACGAGAUCACGUGAUGCAAUUCCUCGUUGAAAUUUUCAGGGGCCAACGCCGCCAUCUGCCCGACUUGUAGCAAUGAAAAUGACUACACAACAUGUACUGGACAACAGAACUGCCAGGCUGGACAUGACGUACGUUUUUUAAAAUUAUUAUAUUGUCUCUAACUUACUGAAAAUAAAUUUCUUUCCUUUUUUUUGGAAGUAUUGUGUCUCUUCAUGCAACUCACCAUUUUCAUUUAACUCCCCUUUUUUUUGAAUAUUUAGCAUUGAGUUGCUGUUAAGGUUAUGUUAAGAAGCUAUAUAAGCUUUUGUUUACCACUCGUUGAUUUUAAUCUGUCGGAUAAUUGCAUUUAUGUCUUUUUAGACCUGCGAAACAAGAAUCGACUUGAGAGAUAACAAAAUUGACUACCACUGCUCGGAAGCCCAGGUAAGAAGCUUAGAUAACUCAUUGGUCAGUAGAUUACACGGCUAAUUGAUCACUAUCAUGUAUAUACUAAACCAAUAUUAGCUUACUUUAAAUGAUGAUGAGUAGAGCAGAACUCACAAUAAAUAAUUUACACUUAAACAUCUAACUGAUCUCCAGCUUAGCCGACUAAUUAUAAAGUACCAGCUCCGUAAUAUCAAUCAGAAUCUAAGGCUACUGAUGGGACAAAAUUCUAUUCAAGAUUGUUUACUUGAAAAUACAUUGUUUGUGCAUACCUAAUAGUUUUAAUAGUUGCAUAAAAUCCUAUUUAAGAUUGUUGCCUCCAAAAUGCAUUCAUUGUUCAUUAUCAGUCAAUACUAUUUCAGAAUGGUGACUAUGUUCGAAAUAUUAACUGUUAGGCUUGCAGAAUAAAUGUAUUUCCCAAGUCACUAGUAAUUUCUCUUUUACAUACUUGUCAUUAGAAUAUCUCAUCAGGGGAUAUAUUAGAUCCUGUCCGGUUUGGAUCUGCACUGAAGUUCUUUAUGUUUAAUUUUCUGUUUCCAUCUGCCACUAGAGCUGCACUCACCAGCAAACCCAGAACAGCUGUGACAACGCCGGCACCAACGGUCACUGUGUCAUCUGCUGCAACAGCCUGGCCGACUGUAGGGCCAAACGUGACGACUACUUCAUGUGUAAGCACGCUGCCACACUGUUUUGAGUUGACUUUGAGAUUCGAUAAGCUGUUGUCUGUCAGUGGUCUGUCAGUGGUCUGUCAGUGGUCUGCCAGUUUUCUGCCAUUGGUCUGUCAGUGGUCUGCCAGUGUUCUGCCAUUGGUCUGCCAGUGGUCUGUCAGUGGUCUGUCAGUUGCCUGUCUGUGGUCUGUUAGUGCUCUGUCAGUGGUCUAUAAUCUUGGCUACGGUAUGAACAUUUUUUUAAAGAGCAGCACGAUGACAUAAUCAUGAUCAUUAAAUAAUUUAUUUUAAGAAAUUUAUGUGAUUUUUUCAUCAAUUUACAAUGAACCAUUUUAAACAUAAUGUUAGCAAUAAUAUCAAACAACAGCAACAUAAGACCGGACAAUACAUCAGAGCCUUUAUAAUUUACAUACUACUUUUGUUUGAUGGUUAUUUUUAAUGUGUAAUUAUUUUUGUGUAUCCCUAGUUGGUUAGUGUCCCGCAAGAACAAUUACCAAGAUGGCUGACUUUCUGAGUGUUCAACAAGAAAGUGCUAUACUUUAUUAUAUUUGAUAAAAUAUGGUUUAAAAUGGG